CAAACAUUACUAUAUUUUUUUAUUUUAUAUAUGUAAUAAUUAUAACAUUAGUCGUCAUUUGUAUCAAGUAAAUUAGUCAAUCUCAAUAGUUUCUAUAUUAAGUUGAUAAUAAUUUCAUAUUAGAGUACAUAACUUUAUAUUGGAUUAACAUGGUAUUCAUAAAAAGUUUGAUAAGCUGCUCGUUUGUAAUAUUUUUUAUUGAAUGCAAUUCUAUGGAAAAUUCAAGGGAAGAUUUAAUACAAGAGGCGACCCAUCAAAUAAAAUUGACAAAUAUUUUGUUAGAAAAAGCAAUUAAUGAUACAGAUGAAAAUCAAAAAUUCAAGACAAAAUUAAAAAAUAGGUUCAUUGUGGCUGUGGAGAAUUUCCAUGGAAUUCGUUCUUCUAAGAAUGGGGCGGAAAUAAUUUUUCCAAGUAAAGAAAAUGAACUUAAAUGUGAAUCAGAUAAAGAUAUUCAACGUAAUGCGUAUGUUGAGAGAACGUUUCGUGAACAUUUAUUCUGUAAUGUUAAACAAAAUCUUCCCGAGGAUGAUGUUUCAAAAUUAUCCUACAAUGACGAAGUAGAAAAACGAUUCGCUUUAAUUAAAGAGUUAGUAGAAGACAUGCUUCUAGAAGAUUUUCACGCAACAAAAUUAUGCGAAAACGGUUCCGUUGUGAAAUGCGCAUUGAAAGCUUAUAUUGACUACAUAAGUAAUCCACUUAUUAUAAAACAAUAUGUCAAAUGUAUGGAUAAUGUAUGUCAUGUGGAAUACUAUGCAAUGAGAAAUGAAAAUGAUCAAAAUCUUGAUAACCUAAUCCGUAAAAAAUACACAAUUCAAGAUUCUGCCCAAGAUAUUGAGAUAAUGUCACAGCAUCCUUAUAAUUAAUAAAAUAUGACAACUCUUUUAAGAAUCUUUAAUGAACUUACUAUUUAGUACAACUAUACAUCAAAAUUAUAUAAUUCAUUUUUUUAAUAGUGAACUGUUAACUUACAAAGAUAUAAUUAACAUAUACGUACACAUAUUGCAAAGUUAAGUUAAGUUAAAAAUAAAAAUGUUUAAAAGAAAUUUACCAGUCUAUUAGACAUCUGUAAAUAUAAGUUUAUAAAAGUUUC